AUGAUUACUGUCGUGGCAUAUCAAAUUAUACAUCGGCUGACUCAAAUGUCUGCUACCAGUUUAACUAACUUGGAAUGUAUCCAGUUAAAACGUCUUAUAUCGAUAAGUUUAGAAGAAGAUUUGUCUAUAGCAGGUGAUAUAACAUCUACGUUAACUAUUCCUUCAGACUCGAAAUCAACUGGGCAUUUCUUGGCUAAACAAAAUGGAUUUUUAUCUGGUCUUGAAGUGGCUCAGUUUAUUUUCCAAGAAAUCGAUUCAGCGCUUGAAGUAAAAUGGACAAUGAAAGAUGGAGACCAUAUCACGGAAAGUACAUAUUUUGGGACUGUAACGGGCAAUACGCGAUCACUGCUCAUAGCUGAACGACUCGUCUUAAAUAUAAUGCAACGAAUGAGUGGAAUAGCAACGGCUACAGCUAAAAUGGUUGAAAAAAUUAAUUGCGUGCAUUCAAAAACACGUUUGCUCGAUACUCGUAAAACCGUUCCUGGUAUGAGGUUCCUUGAUAAAAUGGCUGUGAGACACGGUGGCGGGUUGAAUCAUCGCUUUGGUCUGUUUGAUAUGAUUAUGAUCAAAGAUAACCAUAUUACGGCUGCCGGUGGAAUCCGUCAAGCUUUGGACUCUGUUCUGUCUGCCUCAUCUACCGAAGUUCCGAUCGAAAUCGAAACACGAACCCUCGAUGAAGUACGACAAGUCUUGGAAUAUCCUACCUCUUCUGCUCGACUACAGAGAAUUAUGUUAGAUAACAUGGUCACAUCGAACGGGGACACAUCGAUGCUAAAACAAGCUCUCGAGUUAAUCAACAGCCAAUUUCAAACGGAAGCAUCAGGAAAUGUCACAUUGGACACCAUCGGAGAAAUAGCAAAAACAAACGUUGAUUUUGUUAGUACCGGAUCGAUUACACAUUCCGUUCUAGCUCUAGAUAUUUCAAUGAAAAUAAAACAAAAUUAUUAA